CGACCCUGCAGCAUAGUCCACACAACAAUAACAAGGGCUUCAACUCUGGCAGCGAGUGCUGGUAAAGCUUUCGCAACAAAACCGAAGUCUCAAAAUUUUGUUUGGCUGCUGUGAAAGUGAGGGAAAGCGAGUGAAAAUGAGCGGAACCAUAAAGAAGGUGACAGAUGUGGCAUUUAAAGCAUCAAAGACUAUUGAUUGGGAAGGAAUGGCGAAGCUUAUCGUCUCCGACGAGGCUCGCAAGGAGUUCGCCUCCCUUCGUCGCGCUUUCGAUGAGGUUAAUUCCACUCUUCAGACCAAAUUCAGCCAGGAACCUGAACCUAUUGACUGGGAAUAUUAUAGGAAAACAGUUGGCACACGCUUAGUGGAUAUGUAUAAAGAGGCUUAUGACAGCAUAGAGGUCCCAAAGUAUGUGGACACAGUUACUCCACAGUACAAGCCUAAAUUUGACGCAUUGUUGGUAGAAUUGAAAGAAGCAGAGGAGAAAUCCCUGAAGGAGUCGGAACGUUUGGAGAAAGAAAUUGCCGAAGUUCAAGAGUUGAAGAAAAAGCUCAGCACCAUGACUGCUGAAGAGUACUUUGAAAAGCAUCCUGAGCUCAAGAAGAAGUUCGAUGAUGAAAUCCGGAAUGACUACUGGGGCUAUUGACCAUAUUGGCUAUUUAUGGCACCAAAUCAAUGCUAUGCCCAAAAUUAUGAACUCAACAUUUUCCUGUUCUUUUCACAAUAAUAAUUAUCAACAAAUUGUUUGUUUGUAAUUUGGUUGCUGGCAGUUUGUGGAAUUUGAGCUUCGAUGAUGUCCAUGUCAAAUGUGGGAUUUUUCCAUCUCACAAGGAGAGUUAAAUUUGGAAGAUGAUGAUUUGUUCAAUCAGCAUGAAUAAUCAAAUCUUUUAGCUGCUCUUUCUGUCCUUUGGACCUA